AAUGCAGCCGUCGGUCGGUACAAGCGCCAGCUCGCAGGUGAAAAAGCCUUUAAAACCUGCCGAAGACGUGUCUUGAUCUUCGCGGCUUUCUUCUGCGUGAACCUCGAACUCGAACGUCAUGAAGUCUGUGCUGAUGCGGAUUCUGCUCGUGGUCCUCAGCGCGCUCGGGUGCCCGGCCUACCGCCUCCGGUUCCAGUGCCCCCCCUCCGACCAGUUGGGCUCCUGCUCGUGCGCCGACUCGCCCGCGGUGCCCCAGGUCCUUUGCGAAGGCAUUAACGACCCAGAAGUCAUCCAUCGGUCCCUGGCCAACCGGUACCCCUCCCCGAUCCCGCAGCUCAAGAUCUCCCAGUGCGCCUUCCCGGCUCUGACAGCCGGCUUCUUCGCCAAUGUGACUAUGGACCGACUCUACAUCAACGGCAGCAGCCUCAAACUUGUGUCGGGCGACGCUUUUGUGGGACUCGAGGGCCUUCGUUUCCUCAUCCUCGCCGAGAACUCGCUCGAUGAGGUCCCCAGCGAAGCCUUGAAGAAGCUCACAUUUCUGCAGACACUCAGCCUGUCCGGAAACCACAUUGCCAAGCUGAAUUCCUCUUCUUUUCCCGGUCUCAGAAACCUAAAGUUCUUGGUGUUGUCUGACAAUGAAAUCGAAUACAUCGAGGCUGGUGUGUUCAAUCCAAACCUCGAACGUGUGACGCUCUCCAGAAACAAGAUUCCUUCCCUGAACGGAUCGGUGAGUCACCUGGCCUCCCUUGAAUGGCUCUUUGCCAGCACGAAUGCGAUUGAAUCUCUGGAGGGCGAGCUCGAAGGCCUGUCCAGUCUCAAGCUGCUUAAUCUCGACGGGAACAAACUGACCAACAUCGCCGGCGUCUUCAAAGACUUGCGAAGCCUGCAGACGCUGAGCCUCGGUAACAACUGGAUCGAAGACGUGGGUGACGCCCUGGCACCCCUUACUCAUCUCUGGCACCUGAACUUGUCCAGGAACCACUUGUCCAAGAUCGAGGAGCGCAACUUCGCCAGCUUGACACAGCUGCAAACGCUCGACCUCUCCGGCAACUUCCUGACGGAAAUCGGGCAGGCGCUGAACCACCUCAAGCACCUGGUGCGGCUGAACCUCUCCAGAAACAGCCUGUCUUCGGUGAGGCUCGACGAGAUCAAAUGGUUAAAGGACCUGAAAGAACUAGACCUGUCCCGAAAUCAGAUCACGAGCGUGGACAGCGCGUUCGGGCACUACGUGUCGCGUAUCUCAACGCUGAAGCUUUCUGACAACCUGCUGAAGCGCAUCCACAGCGGCAUGCACUUCCUGCACGACCUUACCGAGCUGGACCUGAGCUACAACAACCUCGCCAGCUUGGACAAGAGGGACUUGGCGAAGAACAAGCGGCUCCGCCGGAUCAACAUGCAAGGAAAUCCCUGGCGAUGCGACAACUCCCUGGUGCGAGCACUGCAGGACCUAGACACGAGGAUGGUCGAGGUGUCCGGUCGUCCCCAGUGCUACCUGGCGCCCUAGAGCCACGGCCCCAAACCAGAAGAAGAGCAACCUGGGCCGCCGCGCCCAAUACCAUCUAAAAGACAAAACCUGCGUAGCUGAUGCUUUGUGGCGACUGUCUUCGCGCUUCAGUGUUUUAAUGCCGCCUGGGGCGGAUUCGGGACCCGCAAGCUUUGUCUUCUAGGAGGUAUUGCGCCGCCCCCCUGUGGAACGACUCUCAUCAACACUCCACCCUUUCCCCAACAAUUUCCUUCCGAGAGGCGGCGGUCGUUAAGAACACAGGAUACGUUCAUUUGGCGAGUCGUAAACUCUGGGUCCCGUUAGUGUCCCUAGUUUGGCCUAUUUUUUAACGACUGUCGUUGUCAAUAGGUGACCGGGACGCCGCCAAAUAAACUUAGAUUUUUUUUAUAGCCGUAAUUGUUAAGACCCCACCUCAGUCAGAUGUUUGGUGCGUCGUGGUUUCUAAUCUCUCACACUUUUUUUUCAAAGGAUUAGCAAUGUUACCAAGCUUCCGAUGAAUAACGGAAAUAAUUUCAUCUCGAAAUUUACUCCUCAAAAAUGUUGCUUCUGUUUCUUCACCGAGAGUAUAACAUAAAGCACCCGAUCCCCGGCAAACUUUAGAAGGCGCUAAGAGUUGGGAAAUAUAUAUAUGACGCUAAAACUCUCGCGAUCGUCUUUGUUGUCAUGCAGACAUUCAGGAGG